GAUGCAGCCGGGGAAGAACCCGGAUGUGCUUGCGCCGCUGUGUUGGCAGUCGGGGGCUCUGAGAUUGGGGUAUUCUGGGGGUGCUGGUAGCUGAGGCAGAUGGCGCAGGGGUGGGCUGGCUUCUCUGAAGAGGAGCUGAGGAGACUAAAGCAGACUAAAGGUCCAUUUGAAUCACAGCGGCGUCUUCCAGUGAAGAAAAGUCGACAACAACUUCAGCGAGAAAAAGCCCUUCUAGAGCAAAGCCGAAAACUUGGGCUUCAAGAUGGAUCAACUUCAGUACCUCCAGAGCAGUUGCUUUCUGCACCAGAACAGAGACUUCACACUCCAAAACCACAUUUUUCUUCCCCCACUCCUCCUAAUCCUCUUACCCUCACCUUUCCCGUUAGUGAUGGAAGAUUACAGGAUAUUGAAAGACAACCAGGGGAAUCAGGACUCGAGAAUUCCCAUGAUGUUCACAAAAAUGUUGAGGUUCCAUCUCCAAAGCCAGACUGCAAAUUGGAGAAAAAGAAAAUGGAAUUGCAAGAAAAAUCUCGUUGGGAAGUUCUCCAACAAGAGCAACGGCUAAUGGAAGAGAAAAAUAAACGUAAGAAAGCUCUUUUGGCUAAAGCUAUUGCAGAAAGAUCCAAAAGAACGCAGGCAGAGACCAUAAAACUAAAGCGGAUCCAGAAGGAGUUGCAAGCUUUAGAUGACAUGGUGUCGGCUGACAUUGGAAUCCUUAGGAACCGGAUUGAUCAGGCCAGCCUGGACUAUUCAUAUGCCCGGAAGCGAUUUGACAAGGCUGAAACAGAGUACAUUACAGCAAAGCUAGAUCUACAGCGCAAGACUGAGAUAAAAGAGCAACUCACUGAACACCUUUGUACGAUCAUACAGCAAAAUGAGCUCCGAAAGGCCAAGAAGCUGGAGGAGUUGAUGCACCAGUUGGAUGUACAAGCUGAUGAGGAGGCUUUGGAGCUCGAAGUGGAGGUAGAAAGAUUGCUGCACAAACAAGAAGCAGACACAGGGAAGCAAAUAGUUGAUUUAGAAAGGCUAUUUCAGCCUCCUGCGGAGACUCUGACAUUAGGAUUUGCUAAAGAGAACAAAAAGCAUCAAGAACAAGCUGUUUCCCCAAACAUAGACAAACAGUGUGCAAAUUCCAAUAGCAUCCCUCUUAGUCCUGACGGCCCAAAUCAAAAAGCUAAUGAUAGUUCAUCUGCUCUGGGCACAUGAAGUGUAGUGUUCUUUUCAACUAAUGCGAUAUUUGGUAAAGAAUACUCUGGCAGUAGAUUGUCCCCUGACCUCUGAUAAAAGCCU